AUGCAAACGUUGCAGAAUGAGCAGAAGUCGAAAGAUGAAGAGCUACAAAUGGAACGGAUCAUGAGAGAGAAGCGCAUCGAGAUGGAUCUAGAGUUCAAGAAAAAACGUAUGGCCAUGGAGAAACAUAUGAGGGACAGAGAGAUGGAAUUGGAGAGGGAGUUGCUUGAACAAUCACUCGCACAGGAAAAGGAGCAUUUAAACCGGAUGAAACUGAUGAGACUUCAGUAUCGAUCUCAAAUGGAUCAAGUCCAGCAGGAGAUAAAACAGUUGAACACAACGUCCGAAGCUGAUGAAACUCCGAAGGCAGUUGAUCGGAAUCCAGCCUUUCUGGGAGAGAGUUCUCGAGCGACUUUCGUCAACGCGGAUGCUACAAAUGUCUCUGUUCGAUCGAACUUGUCAAAGUUUAAGCCACUCGCCCCAAGUAAACAAGGUCAUGAAACCGACAGCGACGAUAGCGAUGAGACGUCUGACAGCGAGUCUUCAGAGGAGGAGUCUGCAGAGGAUGAAUCGGAUUCCGAAGCGGAGAAACCAAGGACGGGACCGUCCAAGGCUCAGCUGGCGGCCAGAAACGGAAUUACGAAAAGGUUACCUAUUUUCACCGGAAAGCCCGAAGAAUGGCCGUUAUUCAUCGGGGCAUUUGAAGCAUCGACGGAAGCAUGUGGUUUCAGCGAAGUCGAAAAUCUUGUCCGCUUGCAAGAGAGCUUAAAAGGGCCGGCUUUAGAAAGCGUGCGUUGCCAACUUCUGUUGCCAAAAUCCGUUCCUCGAGUCAUAAAGAAGUUGCGUCAGAUGUACGGAAGGCCGGAGCAGCUGCUCCAAUGCCACUUGGAGCGGAUUCGGAAGUUGGAUUCACCGAAGGCAGAUAAGCUCGCAAGCUACGUUCCGUUUGGCAACGCCGUAGAGCAACUCUGCGAUCACCUCAAGAUGGCCGGACUAAAGGAGCAUCUAGUAAACCCUCUUCUUCUACAAGAUUUGGUAGACAAGCUACCGUCUGGUGACAAACGCGAAUGGGUUCGAUAUAAGAAGAAGAAGAAGUCUGUGACUCUAUGUACGCUUUCGAAAUUCCUAUCGAAAAUCGUAGCUGAGGCGUGUGAAGCCAACGUUUCGUUAGAGAUCAAACCAGAUCCAAGGGUUUCUGUGUCGACGAAGGCCACCAAAGGGAUAUCGAAGGGAGCCGUGUUCAACCACAGUUCGUUGGAACCUUCCAAUAAAAGCGACGAUGCAAGACGGUCACAAAAGCCGUGUAUAGUGUGCCAACGCAAUGAUCAUCGUCUGAGAUAUUGCGAAGACUUUAAAAAACUGCCUGCGGCCGAUCGCAUCAAGCUAGCGCAGCAAAAAAAGCUUUGCAAGGUAUGCCUCAACGACCACGGGAAUGCUGAGUGUAAAUUCAAGCUACGUUGUAAUGUUGGCGAUUGCCAACAACGCCACAAUCCGCUUCUGCAUCCCCCACAAACGACGUUAGCGAUUAAUGCGCAUGUACGAGUGAACGGUUCAAUUCUUUUCCGUAUGCUACCCGUUUUGCUGCACUGCGGACAAAAGUCUGUGAGCACUCUGGCAUUCCUCGAUGAAGGUGCUUCGGUAACACUGAUUGAGCAGCAUUUGGCAGAUAAAAUUGGCGCAAGCGGCGUGAAUCUCCCAUUAACAAUCAACUGGACUUCAGAUAUUUCCAGAACUGAAAGCGACUCGAUCUGCACAAAUUUAUGGAUUUCAUCCCCUGGAAGCAACGAGAAGAAUUUGCUGAAGACGGUGCAGACGGUUCGUGAGUUGCUUCUUCCUGCACAAUCGCUUGAAUCCCCGGAAAUGGCGAAGCGAUAUGCUUUUCUGCGUGACGUGCCUUUCCUUUCCUAUCAAAGUGGGCGCCCAGGACUAUUGAUCGGGCUAAACAAUAUCCACGUCAUUGCACCUAUCGAAACCAAACUAGGUGGACCGGGAGAACCAAUCGCAGUGAAAUCAAAACUAGGCUGGACCGUGUAUGGUCCACAAACGGGAGAAACUAUAAGCGAAGCCUUUGUGGGUCAUCACGCAGUGAGCAACCAAGCAAUUCAUGAUCUCAUAAAAGUGCAUUAUGCCCUCGAAGAAUCGGCGACAGCUGUACUUCAAGAAUCGAAGGAAGAUCGAAGAGCCCGUGACAUCCUGGAACGGACGACGAAACGCAUAGGAGACCGUUUUGAGACGGGACUUCUAUGGAGAGCUGACGAUAUAGUGUUCCCGAAUAGCUUCCCGAUGGCCCUUCGGCGUUUGGAACAUCUGGAACGACGUUUAGAAAAAACACCUGAAUUGUACGAGAUUGUAAGACAACAAGUGAUCGAAUACCAGAACAAGGGGUACGCGCAUAGAGCAACGGCUGAAGAACUGACCAAAAUGGAUCGUCGCAGGAUGUGGUAUCUGCCCUUGAACGUGGUUCUAAACCCAAAAAAGCCCGGCAAAGUUCGCCUGGUGUGGGAUGCGGCGGCACGCGUCGAUGGCGUUUCUCUAAACUCGCAGCUGCUAAAAGGACCCGACUUGCUGACUGCAUUACCGGAAAUCGUAUGCCGCUUUCGAGAGCGACCGGUUGCCUUUGGUGGAGACAUCAGAGAGAUGUACCACCAAUUGAGGAUACGCGAGGUGGAUAAAUCGGCACAGUUAUUUCUGUUCAGAGCAAACCGUACAGAUGAACCGGCCAUCUACAUAAUGGAUGUUGCCACAUUUGGCGCCACAAGUUCUCCGUGUUCUGCUCAGUUCAUAAAGAACCUGAAUGCUCUUGAAUUCUCCAACGAUUUUCCAAGUGCAGCAGAAGCAAUCAUCAAAAGCCACUAUGUUGAUGAUUAUUUCGACAGCGUGGACUACGUAGAAGAAGCUGUUCAACGAGCGAAGGACGUGGCAUACGUACAUGCAAAAGGAGGAUUCCAAAUCAGAAAUUGGGUGUCCAACUCUGAGGAAGUGCUUCGCAACCUCGGAGAACAGAAAGUCGUGACCAACGUUCGUUUGACGCAGGACAAAAACAUCGAAACCGAACGCAUCCUGGGAAUUGUAUGGAAUCCGACUGAGGACACUUUCUUGUUUUCUGCAAAUCAUCGACCGGAUCUUGAGGCGUUUCUCGAAGGCGACGAAAGACCUACAAAGCGUAUCAUCCUCAGCUGCGUGAUGGGAUUUUUUGACUCCCAAGGUCCACAGUUUUUGUAUCAGCCUGGAGAGAACUGGCCAAUUCAAAAACUUCCACCGGCCAAUAUCGGCGAAGAAAUGCGAGCUCAUUUGCUGUUCCACGACACAGCUAGCCAUGUGGAACCACUGAUUCACGUUCAAAUGAUGUCACGGUGGACUCACAUCGUCAGAGUGACUUCGUACGUGCUAAGGUUCGCUGCAAAUUGUCGUCGCAAGCAAAAGGGCGAACCGAUCUGGACUACGAAAGCAGUUGGGAAUCAUACGAAGUUGUUAAAAUCACAAUGGUCUCACAUCUGCUGGCCGUUACAACAAGAAGAGUUCCAGAAAGCAGAAACAGUGUUGUGGAAGCAGGCUCAACUUGCUGGUUUCCCGGACGAAGUCUGUACGAUGAAGCGAGCACAGAAAGCGAAUCUAACAUCGGCGAAAAUUGAAAGAGGCAGUCUUCUGUAUAAAUUGACUCCCGUUAUGGACGACAAUGGAGUCAUACGUAUGACGUCAUCACAAGCAGAUUGGUUCAACAUUAUCAUGAGCGAUUCGGGCACGCAAACCGCGAAACAGUGUUUAACGAGCUGA